AUGGAUCAGAAUUUCUCAACGGCGCUGGAUGGGAGGCGGCCGCCGCUCCCGGAGCGAGACUCGUCCCGACGCGUGCUGACCGGCUGCUUCCUCUUCCUCCUCAUCUUCACCACGCUGCUGGGCAACACGCUGGUGUGCGUCGCCGUCGCCAAGUUCCGGCACCUGAGGUCGAAGGUCACCAACCUCUUCGUGAUCUCGCUGGCCAUCUCCGACCUGCUGGUGGCCGUGCUGGUGAUGCCGUGGAAGGCGGCGACGGAGAUCGCGGGCUUCUGGCCGUUCGGCGCCUUCUGCGACGUGUGGGUGGCGUUCGACAUCACGUGCUCCACGGCGUCCAUCUUGAACCUGUGCGUGAUCAGCGUGGACCGCUACUGGGCCAUCUCCAGCCCGUUCCGCUACGAGCGCAAGAUGACGCCCCGGGUGGCGUGCCUGAUGAUCGGCGUGGCGUGGACCCUGUCGGUCCUCAUCUCCUUCAUCCCCGUGCAGCUCAACUGGCACAAGGCGGCGGCGGCGAACGCGACGCGCGGCGGCGGCGGCGGCGGCGAGCUCCCGCCCGACAACUGCGACUCCAGCCUGAACCGGACCUACGCCAUCUCCUCCUCGCUCAUCAGCUUCUACAUCCCCGUGGCCAUCAUGAUCGUCACCUACACCCGGAUCUACCGCAUCGCCCACAAACAGAUACGCCGGAUAUCCGCCCUGGAGCGGGCGGCGGCGAGCGCCACGAACCGCCACAGCAGCAUGGGCCACGGCGGCGGCGCCGAGGGCGAGAGCUCCUUCAAGACGUCCUUCAGGCGGGAAACCAAAGUGCUGAAGACGCUGUCGGUCAUCAUGGGCGUGUUCGUGUGCUGCUGGCUGCCCUUCUUCAUCCUCAACUGCAUGGCGCCGUUCUGCGAGCAGGAAGCCGGCGACUUCUUCUGCAUCAGCUCCACCACCUUCGACGUGUUCGUGUGGUUCGGCUGGGCCAACUCGUCGCUGAACCCCAUCAUCUACGCCUUCAACGCCGACUUCCGCGAGGCCUUCUCCGCGCUGCUGGGCUGCCGCCGGCUGUGCCCCGGGGGCAACGCCGUGGAGAUCGUGAGCAUCAACAACAACGCGGGCGCCGCCGCCAACCAGUAUCGGCCCACGGGUCACAUCCCGAAGGAGGGCGGCGGCCACGCGGCCAGCUACGUGAUCCCGCACAGCAUCCUGUGUCAGGAGGAGGAGGAGGAGCUACGGGAGAAGGAGGAGCUACGGGAGAAGGACGGACGCGGGUUGGAAACGGCGAGCGGCGCCCGGGAGAAACUGUCGCCGGGCGUGUCGGGGAAUUUCGACAGCGACACGGAGCUCACGCUGGAGAAGAUCAACCCCAUCACGCAGAACGGACAGCACUAG